AUGGCUGGAGCAUACGUGCCGACAUGGCUACUGGUAUACUGCCUCCUCAGUAUCUUCACCCCUCUGACUGCAGCACAACUUGUCGAUCAGACAUCUGGCCUACCGCAGUCUCUUGGAACGACCACAGCAUGCCACUUACUCGCAGGGACCUUUCGAAACAGAGUCCUCUUCCCUGGCGAGGACAAAUACUCCAUCAGCCAACAUAGAUACUGGGCAGCUCAGCAAACAGAACUGAAGCCAGCAUGCCGCUUUUAUCCGCGGAACGCCAGAGACGUCCAGCAGGCGCUGGCUGAUAUCAUCAUCCCAUGCAAUGCAACCAUUGCUGUGUCAUCGGGUGGUCACUCGUCGAAUCAGGGAGCGUCGAAUAUCGAUCGAGGCAUCACCUUCGAUCUCUCUCAAAUGAAUCAGGUCCGUAUGGUUCCUCUGGCUGUUGAGAUAGGCCCCGGUGCUCGGUGGCAGGAUGUCUACGAAACGCUGGAACAGAGACACGGCUUGACCAUGUUCGGUGGGCGGGUCGGGAAUGUCGCUGCGGGGGGCUAUAUUCUGGGCGGCGGCUUCUCUUGGUUUGCCAAUCAAUAUGGCUGGGCGUGUGACAGCGUUUUGAAAUUUCAGGUGGUCACUCCUACCGCAGAGGUGUUGUGGGUUGAUGCCAAAAGACACGAGGACCUGUUCUGGGCUCUCAAAGGAUCGCUUGGUGCAUUUGGUAUCGUCACGAAAUUCGAGGUCAAAGUUAUUGGCAACUCUCCAGUAUACGGCGGAGCCAUGUCAUACGAGGCACGACAUUUCCCAAGGCUCUGUGGCGCGCUGGAAGAAAUGGCUUUGAAUGCACCGAACGAUCUUGCAACUCAAGGCUAUCUAUCCUUUGCGUGGGUGGAAGCGGAAAAGCAAUUCGUCUACACAGCAUACCUACUAAACACAGAAGGGAAGGCCAAGAGCAAGGGAAUCAUUGCCUUCGAGAGUCUGCCAAGAGUGGGCGGUAACUUGAGAACCAUGAACAUAUCUGAAAGCGCGAAAGAGAUCGACAAGAGCAACCCCUCAGGCCUGCGUCGGUCCAAGUUCACUUAUACCAGUAAGCUUGACACCAAAGCCAUGGCUGCCGUGCACCAUAUCAUCACCCGCUUUGCGAAAGGAGCCCGCUUCGACGAUGAUAGCACUCUCGGCGUAUCCCUCCAGCCUCUGACGACACCUCAUAUACAAGCGUCCCGCGAAACAGGCGGCAACAUUUUCACCAACCUCACUGCUGCACAUGGACCUCUCCUACUGAUUUCGGUCGAGCUCUGGUGGAGCAGUCCCUCCAAGGAUGAUCACUUCGACAAAGCGACGGAACUGCUCAAACGUGAGCUGGAGGUUAAGCUUACGGAGCUGGGUUUCUUUCAAGAUUGGAUUUACCCGAAUUAUGCGUCGAGGUAUCAGAAUCCGUUCAAGUCUUUGACGCCGCAGACCCUGAAGACACUGAAAAAUAUCAAGAGGAAGUACGAUCCGGAUGAUAGAUGGCGGACCGUGAACCCUGGGAUCUGGCAUGUCUGA